CCAAAACAGUUGGUAUCUCGGGUCAGCUGCAUCUCGUGACCACUCGAGUCUUGUCCCGGGCGACAGGUGCUGGUGAUCAUCUCUUGAGGAGAACUAUGACCCAGAGCACACUCGCGAUGGCCACCCUUCCAGAAGACAUAGACAGGGGUGUUGCUGGGGCAACCAGUGUUCUGGUGCAACGAGCAAAUGAAAUCCGCCAGCAGAAGGUCAACUGGCCUUCAUACCUCCAGUCCCAAAUGAUCAGUCAGGAGGAUUAUGAGGUGAUCAUGGGGGUAGAGGUACCAGGUCCAGGAAGAGAUGCACUGCUCCAUUCCCACCGUUAUCAGGUGGCUCGUACCUUUAUGAACCUCUUGGGCCACAUCAGCAAGGACCAGACCAUCCAGUACAUUCUCAUUCUUGUUGAUGACAUUCUGUCUGAAGACAAAUCACGGGUAGAAAUUUUUAAAGAGUAUGCACGUAAGCACCGUGAAAGCAUGUGGAGCCCUUUCCUCAACCUACUUACUCGACCUGACACAUUCAUCAUCAACAUGACUGCUCGCAUCAUCGCUAAGUUAGCUUGUUGGUCCCGCGAGCCAAUGGACGGUUCAGACCUCACAUUCUACCUGACCUGGCUGAAGGAUCAACUUCGUACACCUAACAAUGAAUACAUGCAGUCGGUGGGACGAUGUCUCCAGAUGAUGUUAAGAGUCGAGGAAUAUCGCACCAUCUUCUACCAGCUGGAUGGUGUUGUCACCAUCGUACAGGUGCUCAGUACAGGAAAACUCAACUUCCAGAUACAGUAUCAGUUGACCUUCUGCCUCUGGGUGUUGACUUUCAACAAUGCCAUUGCAGAGAAAAUGAACAAGUACAGUGUGAUCCCUUCUCUAGCAGACAUCCUCAGUGAGAGUGUCAAAGAAAAAGUUACUCGUAUUGUAUUGGCAGUCUUCAGGAACCUCAUUGACAAGCCUGAGGACCCCGCUAUUGCUCGAGAAAAUUGCAUUCAGAUGGUCCAGUGCAAGGUUUUGAAGCAGCUUGAGAUUUUAGCUCAGAGGAAGUUUGAGGAUGAAGACAUUACUGCUGACAUAGAAUUCCUGAAUGAAAAACUGCAGAAUUCAAUCCAGGAUUUAAGCUCAUUUGAGGAGUACUGCUCAGAAGUAAAAUCUGGUCGCAUGGAAUGGUCCCCAGUUCACAAGAGUGAAAAGUUCUGGCGUGAGAAUGCUGGACGACUGAAUGAGAAGAAUUAUGAGCUGCUCAAGAUUCUGAUUCACCUUCUAGAAACAAGCAAGGACACGUUGGUGUUGUCAGUUGCUUGUCAUGACAUCGGAGAAUACACUAGACACUAUUCACGUGGCAAAAGGGUGCUUGAACAGCUUGGAGGGAAGCAGUGGGUUAUGCAGCACCUCACACACGCUGACCCUAAUGUACGUUAUGAAGCCCUGUUAGCUGUGCAGAAGCUUAUGGUUCAUAAUUGGGAGUAUUUGGGGAAGCAGCUGGAGAAAGAGGCACAAGAGAGCAUGCCUAGAACCUAAAUAUGAUGCUAAGUGUUGCAGGUAACCAAAACAAAACUGAAAGAAAUUAAAGAUCACCAGUUUCUUCAGAGACUCAUGUACUGCCUAGUUUAUUCCCUUUUUCUUAUUUUCAUGUAAAAUACAGGUAGGUUAACUUUUGUUAUACUGUACCUAUUUUCUAGUGCUGAAUUGUAGAAAGUAUUUCAGCAGAUGAUGUUGUUAUUGUGGUCAUGGUGUAUAUAAGUUUUCAAGUCAGAUGUACAGGAAUUUUGUUGCUGCUGUUGCAAAUUACUCCAUUAUUAGGGAGGGAUCAUGGGUGUUAGUCAAUGAAGUUUUCAUGUUCAGAUCUCCAUUCCUUGUGGUAGAUUUUUAAAUGUGAGUGUUGGUGUAUAUAAUGCUAAGGCUCAGGCACUCUUGUUACUUAUCAUAGGUAUAUAAUCAUUCCUUUGUAUGUAAGCAGUAAAACUAAGGAAAGUUCAGUAUAUACACAGAGAGCAACGGAAGUAAACCAUAGCCUGUCGCUCUUUUAACUUGUGCUGUACUAAAGAGGUUAAGUGUAAAGAAUAUUGUGCACAAUAUAUGUUAAGGGUGUCGUAUUGAAAUGUAUAUAAUGAAUUUGUUUCUCAUUU